UGCAGUGUGAAUCAGGAGAAAGCUUUAGGUGGUUCAAUUAAAAGGUGGAUCAUUGAACAUGCUGAAUGAAUGAGGCAAACUCAUUUUUGUUCUGUGUCUACAGUUUGGAAUCAGUGUCUUUUUAGGCAAAGAGCUUUGGAUUUUUUUUUUCCUAGUGCAUAUGCAAUGUUUUUAGAUUUCCCGAUUUGAAAGGAAUAGGUUAAUAGGCAUUACACUGAUCUUUGAAAUUACAUCAAAUUGUUUUAAAAAUUGGUGGACACAAGCAGUCUAUCUUCAGAAAUGGACGUGAAGUAUGUAUCAAAACUGUCCUCUGCUGUGGACUAUGGGGCUGGAAUUUUUCUUUUGGUAAUAGCUGCUUUUACCAUUUUGGGGAAUUCAGCAGUCCUCAUCACAGCUGCAAGGCGGUUAUCGAAACUGAAGCCCCCUGAGUUCCUGACUCUGAAUCUGGCCGUGACUGAUAUUGGAAUGGCACUCAGCAUGUAUCCACUGUCAAUAGCCUCUGCCUUCAAUCAUGCCUGGGUUGGGGGUGAUUCCUCCUGUAUAUAUUAUGGCACAAUGGGCUUUUUGUUCAGUGUGGCGAGCAUCGUGACUUUAACAGUGAUGGCCGUGGUGCGUUGUUUUCUGACAAGAACCUCAAGAUGCACAGGCAACAAGUUUGACAAGCGGACCGUUUUCAUCUUUAUUUUCUGUAUCUGGCUCUAUGCAACAAUUUGGGCUUUGCUUCCAUUGAUGGGCUGGGGUCACUAUGGUCCGGAACCAUUUGGCCUUUCAUGUUCAGUAGACUGGGCUGGGUAUCACAAUUCUCUCAAUGGAUCAUCGUUUAUCGUGUGCAUGUUUGUCCUGUGCACAUUAUUGCCUUGCUUGGCCAUCACAGUGUCCUACUCUGGAAUAGUCUGGAAACUUCACAAAGCUUAUCGAGCAAUUCAAAACAGUGAAACUAUCAAUCAUUCCCGCAAUAUGGAAAAUAAGUAUACACUGAUGGCUGUGCUCAUCAGUGGUGGCUUCAUUGUUUGGUGGACACCUUACGUAGCAGUGAGCUUUUGGACAAUUUUCAAUUCUAGUAACCAGAUAACUCCAACAGUAAGCCUGCUGCCCUGCUUGUUUGCAAAGUCCUCUACAGCAUACAACCCAUUCAUUUACUGCAUUUUCAGCAAAUCCUUCAGGAGAGAAAUUAAAACGCUGAGGUGCAGCUGCGGUCUCCAUUUCAUUUUCUCCAACACCAAUAGUUCAGUCGUGAACCAUUUGUCAGCACAAGAAGGAAUAAAGUAAUUGACAGGCUACAAAGCGGCGUGCUCACAAGCUCCUUUUAAAUUCGAAUCAUGCAUCUUGUUUCCACAAAGUUUUCAGAAAAGUAUAUUUUAUUAACUGCUGAAUAUUUGUUUUCUAUAAACAUAGCUUUUUUGUGUUUGCAUGACUUUGGAUUGUUCAUUGAAAACAAUUCUGAAACGACAAUAUUAUUUUUAACUCUGCAAAAAUAUCUAAUAACCCACCAAUUAGUUGACUGCCUGCUCUUUCACAAUUUCUUCACAAAGAUGAUUGGUAUAUUGUUGCCUUUUAGUAAAAACAACAACAAAUAAAACCCCCAAAAUAACAGUUAAGAACAUAAGAACAUAAGAAAGUUUACAAACGAGAGGAGGCCAUUCAGCCCAUCUUGCUCGUUUGGUUGUUAGUAGCUUAUUGAUCCCAGAAUCUCAUCAAGCAGCUUCUUGAAGGAUCCCAGGGUGUCAGCUUCAACAACAUUACUGGGGAGUUGGUUCCAGAACCUCACAAUUCUCUGUGUAAAAAAGUGCCUCCUAUUUUCUGUUCUGAAUGCCCCUUUAUCUAAUCUCCAUUUAUGACCCCUGGUGCUUUUUUCUUUUUUCAAGUCAAAGAAGUCCCCCGGUUUGACAUUGUCUAUACCUUUUAGGAUUUUGAAUGUUUGAAUCAGAUCGCCGCGUAGUCUUCUUUGUUCAAGACUGAAUAGAUUCAAUUCUUUUAGCCUGUCUGCAUACGACAUGCCUUUUAAACCCGGGAUAAUUCUGGUCGCUCUUCUUUGCACUCUUUCUAGAGCAGCAAUAUCCUUUUUGUAACGAGGUGACCAGAACUGAACACAAUAUUAUAGGUGAGGUCUUACUAAUGCAUUGUAGAGUUUUAACAUUACUUCCCUUGAUUUAAAUUCAACACUUCUCACAAUAUAUCCAAGCAUCUUGUUAGCCUUUUUUAUAGCUUCCCCACAUUGUCUAGAUGAAGACAUUUCUGAGUCAACAUAAACUCCUAGGUCUUUUUCAUAGUUCCCUUCUUCAAUUUCACUAUCUCCCAUAUGAUAUUUAUAAUGCACAUUUUUAUUGCCCGCAUGCAAUACUUUACACUUUUCUCUAUUAAAUUUCAUUUUCCAUGUGUCUGCCCAAUUUUGAAUGCUGUCUAGAUCAUUUUGAAUGACCUUUGCUGCUUCAACAGUGUUUGCCACUCCUCCCAUUUUUGUGUCGUCUGCAAAUUUAACGAGUUUGCUUACUAUAUCAGAGUCUAAAUCAUUAAUGUAGAUUAGGAAUAGCAGAGGACCUAAUACUGAUCCCU